AUUUUCUAUCCCCCCUCUCAUCUUUUGGUAAUACAUCAUUUACUCCGACGCUACAGGUGAGCGGAUCUGGAUAGCGCGAUUGCUUGAUACCUACACCCAAGUGCCAUUGAUAUUUGUGGGUAUAAUACAUACUACCUCAAGUCACUAAAAUAAAAAAGUACUAACUAGCUGAUAUAAGUGUUCUUAGUUUUUGAGAUAUUCUGGAUCACCGAUUUAGUUCUCUUCUGUAGCAUUAACCCAUCAUGUUCCCAGGUAUUCGUACGCUUUUAGGGGUUCCGCGCCAGCAGCCUGUCCUUUCUGAGCAAGAGCUAGAAAUAGGGCUGGAGAAAUUUUGCCAUGUGCCCAACUACAGAAAAGGAGAUAUACGAAUUUCUGAGAGUCAUGUACAGCGAAUUCAGGUCAUUUUGAAAUAUCUCGAUCUGAAGCAUGGGCGAGAUAAACAAGAGUCACACUGGCAUUUAAGGCCUCGCACUUAUUCUAUCCUCCGAAAUAUUGGGUGUCUUGACACGAUGGAUCUCUUCAUCAAGUACCAGUUGAACGACUUUCAUCUCCCCUAUAACGAGCAGACACUGCCAACUUUCAUUAAACGAUUCGAAAAUAAUGAUUUCCGGCGUGCCUUCCUAGAUAUCCAAAGUUAUUUCCUCUUCGAUUUCAAAGGACUCGAAAUCGAAUGUUCAAAACACAAGCAUUUCACGUUCCAAACUUCUGGCGAUGCUCAUUUUGCCUCACGCAGGAUUCUUGGCCAAGGCGGAUUUGGGGCUGUUGAUCUGGUUGUGAGUCGACUCAGCCUCAAACGGUACGCGCGAAAACGAGUUGUGAGAGGUCGCGAUUCUGAUAGCAACCGGAGAGCCCAAGCCUCUAUUAUAGAAGAGUUAAAACAAUUGAAGUGGUUAAACCAUCGCCACCUAGUGAAGAUCAUCGGGAGUUACACUGACAAAGAGUAUAUCGCGUACUUGAUGUCUCCAGUUGCUCACGGCACACUCGAACAAUUCUUAACGAUGACUGGGUUCCUACAUCCUGGUCAACGCGAAAUGCUGCGUCAAUUCUAUGGCUGUCUUGCUGGUGCCGUUCAUUAUCUUCAUAAUAACUGCAUCAGACACCGGGAUCUCACGGCCCGCAACAUCCUAAUUUAUGAUAACGGUGUCUACAUUAGCGAUUUUGGUUCCGCUUAUAGUUGGGCACACCAACCAACGAGUAAGACGCAGCACAUGGAUACUCCUGUCAGCCCAGACUAUAUGGCUCCUGAGGUUGGGAGGGGAGAGGAGGUAGGAUCAUCAAGUGAUAUGUGGUCUUUGGGCGUCGUUUUCCUCGAAAUGACAACAAGGCUACUAGGCCGGAGAAUCGAAGAACUAAGGCGGAGGAUUUCUUCACAUGCUCGUAAAACUAAAGCUGUUCCCUAUAUAUACGCCAACUAUCCCGUCGUAACGUCUUGGCUGGAGGUCCUUCGUCUCGGCAACACGAUAUCGGAACAUGACAACGAACCAUUAUUCUGGACACAAGACCUUCUCAGAAUGAUGCCGGGAGAUCGCCCAUCAUCACGCAUAUUGAUGAAGGAAAUCCGAGACUCAUCAUUCGUCACUAUUUUUUCUUGCUUCAAAUGUCAUGAAGACUUUCAAGAUGGUGGGUUCGCCUAUGAAUCACCCAUAUUCAAUCUCGGACAGUGGGAAGACAUGAUAGACAUGACAAACACCACCACCGAACUAUUUCAAGACGGCAUUUCGGUGCAAUCUCUGGUCACACCAUCUAAUUACCGUAAGAAACAAGUAGGCGAAGAGUCGGACGAUGCUAUUGAGUCCCCUGAAGCCCGGGAUUAUCAACAAGACCAGUGCCUAGAUAUCACCGGGGAGCAUGACUCUUACAGCGAUGUGGCAAGUGAAGACUGCUUGUUUUACGAUUCCUAUGGAUAUGAUAACUCAUGGAUUGACGUAUCCAAGCACCCUCAGCUUUCGUUUGGUGGCGAGGAUAUACCUGCUUCGUCAAUAUACGAAUCCUCUAGAGUGUCCACUGAUUUAGGUUGGCACCAAGACCCUAAAUUACCAAACUGGAAUCCAGAGGAGUGUCAGACGAUUCCUCGUCCUGUCGACCAGAAAGAUCUGAGAGACACAGGGCUUGGGUUUCUAGAAUACGACAGCGGCUCAUCUGUAUGCCGCCCCUUUGAUGAAAUUUCAGAAUAUUCGGGAUCUGUCUUCGACGAGGACGAAUAUCAGAGCGUCUAUUCUACAGCGAGGCCCUCGCCAGAGAUCACCCCCAGAGACGGAAACCUCAAUAUACAUGAAGGUGUCUCGGGAUAUUUUAAAGCGCCUCCCGAACUGCGCUUAGAUGAUGAACCCUCUGAUCGUUCUGAGCUUGGAGACGGGCUAGGCAUUACAAAUGCCACUCACGUUGAACACGUCAAGUCUAGAGCCCAAAGAUAUGCGCCUGUUCAAAGUAAUCUAUCUCAUGAUGGCAGGGGAAUUUCAAGUGAACAUCAGAUCCUCCCAGUUAGAUUCUGCAAGACCGCAGGAAUUGGUGGAGCCACUGUCGACUCUUCCGGGAUGGAAUCGAAUGUCGACAUAUCCCUUGUAGACGUACCGGCUACACCACCGAAAAGCAUAGCGGCCGGCCUCGAAGAGCAUACGACAUCAGUAGAAUCGGAGCAAAAACCACGGCCAACCACAGCAGAUGAAUUGCAUGCUCAGAACAAAUUUGAGAAAAUUGCGUCAAAUCAUACCUCUGAAGGCGGAUACGCGCUAUCCCUCAACGCUACUACUCUCGCCAAUAAACCUGAACCUACAAGACGUACAGCCAACCUCCCGAAACCGAUUCUUCCGUCGUCACCAAUCGAGAAAAUGCACUGCCUCUUGAGACGUUACUAUUUCCAGGGCAAGUCCAAAGCCGUACGGUUGCUUUUCCAGCACGAGUGUAAUCCGAAAACGAUAUACUUUCCUUGAUAUCUUGGGGACUUUUCUUACUACUCUAUGGGGCCGUAGAGGAGAUAUAUCAAAUAGGUACUUGGACGAGUAAUUUUGGGCAUUCAUUGAGCAUGGUGUCGGCGUUUGCGUACUAUCCCUUAGGUGUAUUGAUGUAGGUACCUGCAAUAGUUAAAUGAUUUUCUUGAAACGACGAAUGCUAUUCUAUCGUACCCAAGCACCACUUCCAACUCCCUCCACCAAGUAGUUCUCGGUCAGGAGUUCCCGUUUAGACUUAUCGUAAAGCUUAAUACACAUCAAAAUCACC